AUGAGGGCCGGGCAUUCUCGCUCCUCGCUCUCGAUCUUUCGUGCCGCGGACACCGUGGUCGCCUUGCGGUCCAUCCUGCAGACCCUGAAGGAUGUGCAAUCUUCGGAGGCUCUUGUGUUGGAGGAUGCUGAUGGAGACGACGUGCUGAUUGUGGACUCUGAUCCCAGGAGGAUUGCUUCAGUCUUAUCUGUCGGCGACGGUCGGGCCAAGCGUGCGCGGCUGGACUUGGAGCAUGCCAUGCUGGCGCCCUUUGCGGUGCAGGAUUAUCAGUCCUGCAGUGCCACCUCUUCCAGAGCACCAGCAGCUCAGGGGAACGGGCGACAUGCUGAAGUGAGCGUGGAGGACCUUUUGCAGGCGCCCACUGCGAGACAGCGGCAGCUCAUCGACGCCGGGGAUGAGCUGCGGCAGCUGCUCGCGGAGCCGACGGCCCGGCAGAGCUUAACCGCGCAGAAGUUUAUGAACAAGACCCAGAACAUGGCGCAGUUCUGCGCGCAUGGCAGCCGAGCUGACUGCCGCGCCUCCACUGGCUUCAUGUCAGCUUGCGCCAAGAUCCAUUUCCGGAAGGUCAUCAAGCCCUGGACAGAUGAGUCGCUGGGAGAUUGCUCCUACCUGGACACCUGCCGGCACAUCGAGAAGUGCAAGUACGUGCACUACGCGCUGGACUUGACAGUCGAGCAGACGAGAUACUUGAACGAUCGUGGUGUGCACAACAGAGGCACCGACACCAAGCGAAUCAAUGAGCUGGUUAUGAAGGGCAUCAACCUCCCAGCGCAAUGGAUACAUUGCGACAUGAGGUCGUUCCCGCUGUCCAUUUUCAAAGGCCUUAUCAGCGUGGUCAUGGCAGACCCUCCCUGGGACAUCCACAUGGAGUUGCCGUAUGGCACGCUCACGGAUGAAGAGGUGAAGAACCUGAAUGUUGGUGACAUCCACGAGCAUGGGAUGAUUUUCCUUUGGGUCACUGGGCGGGCCAUGGAGCUGGCACGGGAGUGCUUCCGCAUCUGGGGGUAUAAGAGGAUAGAAGAAAUUGUGUGGGUCAAGACCAACCAGCUCCAGCGAAUCAUUCGCACAGGAAGAACAGGGCACUGGAUCAAUCACUCCAAGGAACACUGUCUGGUUGGCAUCAAAGGCAACCCAAAGCUCAACAGGAACCUGGAUUGUGAUGUGAUCGUCAGCGAAGUUCGGGAGACAUCGCGCAAGCCCGAUGAGAUCUACAAUCUCAUUGAGCGAAUGUUCCCGAACUGCCAGAAGCUGGAGCUGUUUGGUCGGCCACACAACGUCCAUGAAAAUUGGAUCACGUGUGGGAAUCAGCUGGACGGAGUGCGGCUGGCGGACGAGGAGAUCGUCAAAAGGUACAACCAGGAGUUCCCCAACAGCCCAACAACACCAUGGCGCAGAGCCAAAGACGAGCUCAUGGCAUAUCAAGGAGGCGCUGGGAGUUUGCUGUCGCCUGCGGCUUUCCUUCGACUGAGUUUCCUAAAAAUGAGGGAUGCCCUUUUGGGCUGGCCGGUUUCAAACAGGACCGAACUUUGCCAUGCUUCGCUCGCAAAAGCAGAGGACAUUGCAUUCAUUUUUGGCGGGCUGAUGGAUAUGAGGCAGCCUGUCAACCGCUUGAUUGGCCCACUCAGGAAGGCUCUGCAACUUGGCCUGCGCAAGAAGUGCCUUCAAGUUGUGCGCAUGAUGACUGCCUAUCAAGCUUUUGUGAAUGAAGAGCUGCCCUUUAUCCAAGAUGGAAUUUUGCUUUUGUGGAUAAGGGGCAAGACUCAUCUGAGAACACCAAGUGGCAACAGUGCACGUACAAACAGCGAGGAGGAUCGGGGACAAUACAGUAGAUCAUGCCUGUGUGCUUGCCAUUGCCAGCAUACUCGAAGUGCACUGCACCUGGCAAUCACGAGAGCUUUCUCUGCGCACCGUGCCAGGUGCUUCUCGCGGUGA